AUGCGAAGUGGACUCUCGCUGGCAGCGUCGAGUGGUGAUUCAGCUGCCGACGGUUCUGGACUCGGCGGGGCUGCCUUCGGGGAUGUGAGAGAGCGGAGACCACCGCCUCCGCGGACGACCCACGGUGGAAUGCUCUUGGACCCCCGGCAGCGCGCCAGGACCUCGCGCUUGCCACUAUCAAGCCGUUCUCCAGCGCUCACGAGGGGUUGUGCCGCGCACGCGCCCUGCUCCCGUCAGCCGCGCGUCCCGCUCGCACUUGCGCGCCGCCGAAGGGAACGAACUUUGGGGACGAUAUUCGGAGGG